UCUAGGACAAAGAGCAUGUACGGUCCCUCUCUCACCCCUGACAUCAGAAUAAAAUCAUGCAGAGUAGGCUAGGCUGCAACCCGUAGGCGGAGUCGGCUCAAGUGGGCCUGUCUCCCCGCUUUUAAUACAGAUGCGAUCCUCUGUCCGCCUGGCGUCCAGCACCGAGCGAGGCGAGCAAACGGCAGGCUGUGGACGUACAGAGAGAAAGAGAGAGACCGGCAAAACAACACCAUGACAGCACCGAACACAUACGACGUUAUAGUGAUCGGAGGAGGAAUAUCAGGGCUGAGUGCAGCUAAGCUGUUGAAGGAGAAAGGGCUGAGUCCUGUGGUUCUGGAAGCUAGAGAUCGGGUUGGUGGACGGACCUUCACCGUACGGAAUGAGCAGACUAAGUAUGUUGACCUGGGUGGGGCCUACAUCGGGCCUACACAGAAUCGGAUCCUCCGAUUGGCUAAAGAGUACGGAGUCGAGACCUACAAAGUCAACGAGGAGGAGAGGCUGGUGCAUUAUGUAAAGGGAAAGUCCUACCCAUUCAGAGGCUCCUUCCCCCCCAUGUGGAAUCCAUUUGCCCUGAUGGACUACAACAACCUGUGGAGGAAGAUGGAUGAGAUGGGCAGCGAGAUCCCCAGAGAGGCUCCAUGGAGGGCUCCCCAUGCUGAGGAGUGGGACAAGAUGACCAUGAAGCAGCUCUUUGACAAGAUCUGCUGGACCAGUUCUGCGAGGCGGUUUGCCACUCUGUUUGUGAACGUGAACGUGACCUCUGAACCCCACGAGGUGUCGGCCCUGUGGUUCCUCUGGUACGUCAAGCAGUGUGGAGGGACCAUGAGGAUUUUCUCCACCACCAACGGAGGACAGGAGAGGAAGUUUGUGGGCGGUUCCAGCCAGAUCAGUGAGUGUAUGGCCAAGGAGCUGGGUGAGUGUGUCAAGAUGGAAUCUCCCGUCUACAGGAUCGAUCAGACAGGGGACAUGGUCGAGGUUGAGACUCUCAACAAGGAAACAUACAAGGCCAAGUAUGUGAUUGUGGCGACCGCCCCUGGUCUGAACCUGAAGAUACACUUUAACCCCGAGCUGCCCCCGCUCCGAAACCAGCUGAUCCACAGGGUCCCCAUGGGCUCUGUCAUUAAGUGUAUGGUCUACUACAGAGAUAACUUCUGGAGGAAGAAAGGAUACUGUGGCACUAUGGUGAUCGAGGAGGAAGAGGCCCCCAUCAGCUUGACUCUGGAUGACACAAAGCCUGAUGGGACUGUGCCCGCCAUUAUGGGCUUCAUCCUGGCCCGCAAGUGUAGGAAGCUAUGUGAACUGACCAGAGAGGAGAGGAAGAAGAGGAUCUGUGAGAUCUACUCCAGAGUGCUGGGCUCAGAGGAAGCUCUGCACCCUGUGCACUAUGAGGAGAAGAACUGGUGUGAGGAGGAGUAUUCUGGAGGCUGCUACACUGCUUACUUCCCCCCUGGUAUACUCACCCAGUACGGCAAGGUUCUCAGGAAGCCAGUAGGCAGACUGUACUUUGCAGGCACUGAGACAGCUACUGAGUGGAGUGGCUACAUGGAGGGGGCUGUUCAGGCAGGGGAGAGGGCCGCCAGAGAGGUCAUGAGUGUGAUAGGCAGGAUUCCUCAGAAUCAGAUCUGGCAAACAGAGCCUGAGUCAAUGGAAGUCCCAUCACUCCCAUUCGUUACCACCUUCUGGGAGCGGAACCUCCCGUCGGUGGGUGGGUUCAUCAACUUCCUGGGCGUAGCCUCUGUCCUGUCUGUUGCCACGGCAGCAGGCCUUUUAGCCUAUAAGAAGGGGCUUCUCACCCGGAGCUAAACCUAAACCCCUCCCACUUUCCUCAUCCUUCUCUCCUGCAUCUCUACAGAGCAAUUCUCCAAUGGCACCCUAUUCCCUUUACAGUGCACUUCUUUUGACCAGAACAAGAGUAGUACACUACUUUUGACCACAUAUGGCUAUGGUCUAAAAUAAUGCACUAUAUAGGGAACAGGGUGCCAUGUUAGACGUAGCCAUAGUGUGUUAUCGGCCUUGGUAAAGACUGUUCAACUCUGUCAUUCACUACUGUACCAUCGCCCCCAUCCAUUGUUCUAAAACUAGUGUAAACAGUCUCCCAACAGACCGUCUCUCAAGACCAACUCACAAUAAAGUUGUCUGUUCUGCUAGGAUUUGUGUCUUUGACACCUUAGAUUUGCGAUGGAAGAUGUGAGUGGAUAGAGAGAAAGAGUGUGUGUGUGUGAGAGAGAGAGAGGGGGGGGGGGAGUGAGAGCAAAAUAAACCAAAAUAAGUUUGAUUCAGACUCUUUAACGGAUGACAACUAAAUCAGAGUAAUUGAAAAAGGAAACAGUAGCUUUUCCUAUGACCAUUAUCAUUCCGGAAAUUGCCAAUAAAAUCACAUACCUGCGUUGACUGUUUGAGGAUAGUCAAGACUAAUUUAUCUGUGUGUGUGUGUGUGUGUGUGUGUGUGUGUGUGUGUGUGUGUGUGUGUGUGUGUGUGUGUGUGUGUGUGUGUGUGUGUGUGUGUGUGUGUGCGUGCGAUACUUCCGUGUUAAUUACCGCUGCUGAUUUUAGGUGCUGACUGAUCUGAUCUCUAAUGGCAUAGAAGCUGUAACCAGCUCUAAGAUGACGUUUAGUAACGUCAUAAUAACAGUUUAGUAACGUCAUAAUAACAGUUUAGUAACGUCAUAAUAACAGUUUAGUAACGUCAUAAUAACAGUUUAGUAACGUCAUAAUAAUGUCCGAAUACCUGUGUUAUUAAUGUAACCAGAAUCCUGCAUCUAGAGUUGCGUCUCCAUCAAGCUGCUCUUAAUAGUCAUGGUAUGCCUUGUAUAGAGAAUGGAAGUAUUUGAAUGUAUUUCCUCCAUAUGUUAUGAUUUCUGUCAUUGUUGUUUCCAUUCUAAUCUCCUAUGAGCAAAUGUUAAAUAUCAUGCGUUUCAUUUUAUAUUUGCCAUAGUUUACAAUGAGGCUCAAUCCUCGAUGAUAAUCAUAAACUGUAUGUUGAAGAUGGCCAUUACACUUGGAAGUCAUUUUAGAGACAAUCCUUUUAUUGUCUGGGUCCUUAACCCUUUUUAAGAAUACCAAACUAAGCAAAAUACUAAGAAUAUUACUACAGUACUACAAACAUGUGAUAUUCUCCCCUUAUCAAAAGCUAAAGCUCCAUCCAUUAUGUCACUACCUAACCCUGUGUGUUUGUGCGUGUGUGCGUGCGUGCGUGCAUGCGCGUGCGUGCGUGUGUGCGUGAGUACACUUAUUGUGUCUGUCUCUCCAUGCAUUCUUGUGCGUGUAUGCAUUAUUGUGUGUGUGUGCGUGCGUGUGUAAUUAUGGAAAGACCUUAUUUGUAACCAUUCUAUUUUAAUGCUCUCGUUGCUACAUGUUGAGAUGCUGUAUUAGAUUUAUCACAGAAAUAUAUUAGGCAGUAUUUAUUGAGCUGGCUAACCAUUAGCCAGGGAAAUAAACACUGUCUAUUUAACCUUAUGAUAUUGGUUCUCCCAUCUAUUUCUGCUGAAGCCAGAGCAUUGAGUUUCCUUAUAGCUAUAGCAAAUUUCCCCAUGAUACUGAAUAAAUAGUUUCACAAUUUUUUCAGCAGAUAUAGAGAUUUUAUCCCCCCCAAAAAUAUGUAUUGAAAAGAUUUCUAUCCAAUAAGAUAUAUAGAUUUUUUUUUUUUUACAAACAACAGUGGAAUUGAAAGAUACUGCUCCUCAGAAAAUGUGAGGGAAUUAAAAGAUAAAUAAAUAGAUCUGUAGAUUAACCAAAUGAUUGCUCUAAGUAUCAACCUGUAAACCCAUCUGUUCUGAAGCGUACUGUACAUUCGUACAUUGAGUGGUGGAUUAACGUGGUGUCGUCCCGAAGACGUGUGCGUACGUCGUGAGUAUAGUCUGUCGUGCCUUAUUACAAGUCGUGGUGGUGUGUUGUCAUUUAUCAAGUGCCUGUGUGACUAUGAAACUCUUUUCCCGUCCCCUCCUCCCACUUUCUCCCUCCUCCCACUUUCUCCCACUUUCUCCCUCAUCCCAAUUUCUCCCUUCUCCCCCAUUUGGCAUUAACUAGAGCUGCAACCCCAUUCUUGGAUUGAGUGUCACCCUCCUACAGUAGGACAAUGACUGAGCUCUGUUUCCUACAGGAUUAGGUUAGCGUCUGAGGCUAAACAAACAAUCAAGCUAACUUCCAUGAUACUACAGUUAGCUUUCUACCACCAUGUGUGUAUGCGUGAGCCUUAAAAUGGCACACUGUGAACUGUGUAAAUCCGCCCAUCCGUCUCCAGUGAAGCUAUUUAGGUGUUCUGUAAUGUUGUUAUUGAUGUACUCCUCUGAUAAGCUAUCUAUCCCUUACUUUAGUUUAGCUUAUAAUCCUACCUUGGCACUAAACUUUAACCUCUAACGCCAGGCCCCAAGCAUUGCAUCUUUUUGCACUUGAUUCACCUCAACGUAACUUUUGCGACCUGGUUGUAACUAGAAUCUGAUGAAGAGGGAUUGGACAACGAUGUCAAAGAAGAUCUCAACAUUCUCUAAGAAGUAUAGUAGAAGUAUAGUCUUUAUAUAAUCUACAUUAUAAAGUGGGUGGUUCGAGCCCUGAAUGCUGAUUGGCUGAAAUCCUCGGUAUAUGAGACCGUAUACCACGGGUAUGACAAAAAUAUAGAGUUUUACUGUUCUGAUUAAGUUUGUAACCAGUUUAUAAUAGCAAUAAGGCACCUCUGGGGUUUGUGGUAUAUGGUCAAUAUACCACAGCUAAGGGCUGUAUCCAUGCACUCCGUGUCGCGUCGUGCAUGAGAACAGCCCUUAACCGUGGUAUAUUAGCCAUAUACCAAACCCCCUCGGGUCUUAUUGCUUAAGUAUUAAAUGGUUCUGCCUGAAAACUAGUGAAUGGAACUACAGGAACCAACUGGAACCUUUAUAACUACAGCUCCCAGCUGCUCCUCUGAUUCCCUGUAUGACAUCAUCAAUGUCCGAUAGAUGCAGUAAAGAGGUACAUGGAACGCACACUGUGGGGGAUAGAAUAAGGAUGCCAGAUUGGCGCACAUUCAACAAAUCUGAUCUAACAAAAUGGAUAUUCGUCAAAUCUGUCAUGUGGUUACUAAAGUCGGAUUUGGAUAUAUUUGGCUGUUUUUGCUGCAUAACAUGUAGAAGUUGUUCCUUUUCAGGUUUAGAAGAAGUGACUGCUAAAUGCUAACUCCUGUUCGUAUAAGCUGGUAGCAUAGCUAGCAUAUAGAAAUCGGUGGUGCUAGUCAAAGUUGUUUUUAACUGUAAUGCAGUUGAUUGGUGAUGACAUGAACAUGUAUUGUGGUUGAAAUCCAUAUAAGAAUUAUACUCAACAUACAGUACUGUGGAAUACACAUAUAAACAAUAGCCUAUUCCAUUGACCUCUUUAUCACAUCUAUUCCUCUCUGUGUCUGAUUCUAGCCUUGAGAUUGUUCUAAUCUAUUCCAUCCCUCUCCCACUGGCUGUGUGUAUGAAGUGUCCAACUUUCUAGUCGUGUAAAUGCAUUCUGUAACAUCUUUGUAUGAUUUCUCUACAAAGCUGGUGAUAAAUUCUUUGAAAUGUA